AUGGCUACAACAAAAUCUUAUGGUGUUACACCACCCAUUUCAUUAGCAGGUCCAACACCAGCAGAAAAUGUUUUGAAUGAUCAAUUAAUUCAAGAAUUGAAAAAACAAGGAAAUUUUGAAUCUGAAUCUGAAACUAAAAAAAGAAUUGAAGUGCUACAAUUAUUACAAAAUUUAGCAACAAAUUUUGUUUAUAAAGUUAGUAAAAAUAAAAAUAUGAGUGAAGGUAUGGCAAAAGAUGCAGGUGGUAAGAUUUUUACAUAUGGUUCUUAUAGAUUAGGAGUUUAUGGACCAGGUUCAGAUAUUGAUACAUUAGUUGUUGUUCCUAAACAUGUUACAAGAGAUGAUUUUUUCACUGUUUUCGAUGAAUUAUUAAGAACAAGAUCUGAAUUAGAAGAAAUUGCACCUGUACCAGAUGCUUUUGUUCCUAUAAUAAAAGUUAAAAUUAGUGGGAUUGAAAUUGAUUUAAUUUAUGCAAAAUUAGAUUUACCACAAGUUCCAAUAAAUUUAACAUUAGGUGAUAAAAAUUUAUUAAGAAAUUUAGAUGAAAAAGAUUUAAGAUCAUUAAAUGGUACAAGAGUUACAGAUGAAAUUUUACAAUUGGUCCCCAAGCCAGUGGUUUUCAAAUUAUCUUUAAGAGCAAUAAAAUUAUGGGCACAAAGAAGAGCAAUUUAUGCAAAUAUAUUUGGAUUCCCAGGUGGUGUUGCAUGGGCAAUGUUAGUUGCACGUAUAUGUCAAUUAUAUCCAAAUGCUGUGAGUUCAGUUAUUGUAUCAAAAUUUUUCCAUAUCUUAACACAAUGGAAUUGGCCUCAACCUGUCUUGUUAAAACCAAUUGAAGAUGGUCCUUUACAAGUUCGUGUUUGGAAUCCAAGAGUUUAUCCACAAGAUCGUCAACAUCGUAUGCCUGUUAUUACACCAGCAUAUCCUUCUAUGUGUGCAACUCAUAAUAUUACUGCAUCAACUCAAAAAGUUAUAUUAAAUGAAUUACAAAGAGGUUCAUUAAUUAUGAAUGAUAUUAUAAGUCAUAAAAAACAAUGGGAAGAUUUAUUUGUCAAACAUGAUUUUUUUUAUAAAUAUAAAUUUUAUCUUAAUAUUAUUGCAUUCACUAGAGGUGAUGAUGAACAACAUUUAAAAUGGAGUGGAUUAGUUGAAUCAAAAUUAAGAUUAUUAGUUCAAAAAUUAGAAAAUUUCCAAGGUAUAAAUUUAGCACAUCCUUAUGUUAAAACAUUUGAAAAAUCAUAUUUAUAUUCAUCUGAUGAAGAAUUAAGAGAAAUUGAAUUAAAUUUUGGUAAUUUUAGUAAAGAAUCAAAUUUAAAAAAAUUCAAAGAAAUUACCGAGGAAAACAAGGAAGAUCCAAUACCUGAAGGUUCCAAAAUUAUACAUUUCACAUCAUUAUAUAUUGGAUUAGAUAUAACUGUCUCAGGUGAAGAUAAAAAAUUUGAUAUUCAUGUUCCAUGUAAUGAUUUUUUCACAUUAUGUCGAGGAUUCCCAGAUUAUAAUGAUUCAUUAAUUUAUGGAUUAAAUAUUAAACAUGUUAAAUUAUAUGAUUUACCAAGUUUUGUUUAUGGUGAGGGGGAAACAAGACCUGAAAAACCAAAUAAAAAGAGGAAGGGGGAUAAAAAUGGUAAAAAUAAUAAAAAACCUAAAAAUGUAUCAAAUAAUUCUACUGAUCAAUUGGUUAAAGAAGCUGUUGAAACUGUGGAAAAUGUGCCAGUUGUAUGA